GCAAUUAUGGUAGAAUUGGAACAUUGAUUGUGGUUGCCGUAUGAUUGGAUAAUAUUUAGCGAGUCAGCUUCGUAACACCGCGAUAGUGAUAACAGCCGUAUUCUUUAUCUGUUAGUCGAUACGCCGCCAGCGCUCAAACUGUACCUGGUUCUAGAACAAAAUGGUUCGUGAACUGACGCCGGAGUUGGCAAAAAUUGCCAAAAAGGAAUUGAAUGAGAAUCCGAAACAGGUUGAAAAUGACUUGCAACUACUGAAGGAUUGGAUUUCUAAGCAGCCUCACUUGAAAGCAAGAACAGACGAUCAAUGGCUAAUAGCGUUGUUACGAGGAUGUAAAUUCAGUCUAGAAAGAGUAAAGAAGAAGGUUGAUUUGUACUACACACUGAGAACCACGGCUCCAGAUAUAACAUUGAGGAUAAGACCAACAGAUCCAAAGUUCUUGGAGUUUUUCAGACUUGGGACAUGCUUAAUACUACCGAAACCAUUAGACAAGUUGUACCCCCGCGUGAUUCUCAUCCGAGCCGGUCGCUACGACCCGGCUACUCACAACGUCGGUGAUCUCAUGUGCAUGCUCUACUAUUUAGUGCAGAUAAUGGUGGUAGAAGAUGAUGUAGCCUGUGUGAUGGGCACUAAGAUCGUCACAGACUACGAGGGGGUUACAAUGAGCCAUUUCGUUCAAGCCACUCCCUCGAUGCUGAAGAAAAUGGUCGCAGUUAGCCAAGAUUCCAUGCCUCUCAGAUUAAAAGGAAGUCAUCAUAUAAACUUGCCAGCUGGAAUUGAAAAAAUAUUCACGCUCAUACAAGGGUUUUUAAAUGAAAAGGCUAAACAAAGGUUGAAAAUACAUAAAAAUGUUGAAGAAUUGAUGGAGGACAUCCCCAAAGAAAUAAUUCCACCCGAAUAUGGCGGGAAAGGCCCUACUAUUGCCGACAUGACAGAGCACUGGGUGUCCAAAUUCAAGGAAUACCACGAUUGGAUGAAAUUCGAGGAACAAUUGGGGACAGACGAGUCCAAAAGAAUUGGACCUCCUAUCGACGCUGACAUUUUGGAGGACGGGUCCUUUAGGAAACUUGAUAUAGACUGACUUUCUCUUCGUACUUAAAUAAUUGUGAAUUUAGGACAUAUAAAUAACACGUUUAAUAAAUGUAAUGUUGAAUCUGAA